CAAUAAAGCGAGGCGGAGGGCGGGCCUCGGCCGCUCGUCGGCCAAUGGGGGUCGGGGGGCGUGGCGGAGUGGGGACCGUUCGAGGCCUGGCACGGACGGCGGAGCGCCGCGCAGCUUGCACCCCUGCAAAGCGGCCGGUGGGCCCACUCCCAAGCCGGCACCAUGAACGUCUUCGACCGAAACAUCAACUUUGACGCCCUCUUCAAGUUCUCCCACAUCUCGGCCUCCACCCAGGAGCACCUGAAGAGGGUCUAUGCCAGCUUCGCCCUCUGCAUGUUCGUGGCGGCCGCAGGGGCCUACAUCAACGUGGUGACCCACCUCUUCCAGUUCAGCCUCCUGACCGGCUUGGGUGCCCUGGGGCUGAUGAUCUGGCUGACGGCCACCCCGCACAACCGGGAGACGGAGCAGAAGAGGCUGGGGAUGCUGGCCGGCUUCGCCUUCCUGACGGGCAUCAACCUGGGGCCCCUCCUGCAGAUGUGCAUCUCCAUCAACCCCAGCAUCAUCCCCACCGCCUUCCUGGGCACCGCCACCAUCUUCGCCUGCUUCUCGCUGAGCGCCCUGUAUGCCCGGCGCCGCAGCUUCCUCUACCUGGGAGGUUUCCUGCUCUCUGGCCUCACCCUGAUGCUUCUCUCCUCCGUGGUUAAUGCCUUCGUGGGAUCCACUUGGCUCUUCACGGCCAAUCUCUACCUGGGGCUGAUGAUCAUGUGCGGCUUCGUGCUCUUCGACACGCAGCUCAUCAUCGAGAAGGCGGAGAGCGGGGACAAGGAUUACAUCUGGCACUGCGUCGAUCUCUUCCUCGACUUCGUCGACAUCUUCCGGGAGCUCCUGAUGAUCCUGGGCAUGACUGAGAAGAAGAAGAAGGAGAAGAAGUGAAGCAGCUCCAGGCCGAGGUGGAGCUGUCCCCGUCCGGUCCCUGUCCCCACCCUGACCUGUCCCUUCUCUGAUUCAUUAAAGGGGUUGCGCUUUGCUGCCGAUGAAAAGCAGCACAGAA